CAUUAUUCUCGCUGGUCCAAAGUUUUCCACGUCCGGACGAGCAGGGUCGGGUCAGAACCAGAACGUCAUGGCCAAAUGUUCCGGAUGUGGACCUGGGUACCGGACCCCACUGGACGCCAUGAAGGGUCCUCGGGAACAGCUGGUCUACCUGCCCUGCGUCUACCGCGGCACCGGCACCCAGAAGCCGGACUACCUGGCCACCGUGGACGUGGACCCUGAGUCCUCCACCUACAGCCAGGUGGUCCACCGGCUGCCCAUGCCCAACCUGAAUGACGAGCUGCACCACUCGGGCUGGAACACCUGCAGCAGCUGCUUCGGAGAUCCGUCCAAGACCCGGAACCGCCUGAUCCUGCCGUCCCUCAUCUCCUCCAGGAUCUACGUCAUCGACGUCGGGACGGAGCCCCGAGCUCCGAGGAUCCACAAGAUGGUGGAACCAGUGGAUCUGUACUGGAAGUGUGGCCUGGCCAACCCUCACACCAGCCACUGUCUGGGCAGUGGUCAGAUCAUGAUCAGCUGCAUGGGCGAUCCAUCAGGGGGGGGCAAAGGUGGCUUUGUUCUGCUGGAUGGUGAGACGUUCGAGGUAAUCGGUAACUGGGAGCAUCCAGGCGAAGCGGCGCCUUUCGGCUAUGACUUCUGGUACCAGCCUCAUCACAAUGUGAUGAUCAGCACCGAGUGGGGCGCCCCCAGAGCUCUGGCCAACGGGUUUGAUCCAGCUGACGUUAAAAAAGGUCUUUAUGGAUCCUCUCUGCAUGUUUGGGAAUGGAGCACCCACAGGAAGCUGCAGACACUGGAUCUAGGAGAAGACGGUGCCAUUCCUCUGGAGGUCCGGUUCCUUCAUGAGCCAAGUGCCUCUGAAGGCUACGUGGGCUGUGCUCUAGGUUCAUCUGUCUUCAGGUUCUACAAGACACCGGAAGGUGAGUGGGCUGCAGAGAAGGUCAUUGGUGUUCCCAAGAAGAAGGUGGAGGGCUGGAUGCUGCCAGAGAUGCCAGGUCUCAUCACAGACAUCCUGAUCUCAUUGGACGAUCGUUUCCUGUACUUCAGUAAUUGGCUGCACGGUGACAUCAGACAGUAUGACAUCACAGACCGCAAGAACCCCCGAUUGGUCGGCCAGGUGUUCCUGGGAGGAAGUAUUGUCAGUGAUGGACCGGUUAAAGUCCUGGAGGACCUGGAAGAACAGGAGCAGCCCAGCCCGCGCUUCAUAAAGGGGAAGCGUGUCCCUGGCAGUCCUCAGAUGCUUCAGCUCAGUUUGGAUGGACGGAGACUUUACGUGACCACGUCCCUCUACAGCAGUUGGGACAAACAGUUUUACCCAGACAUGAUUAGAGACGGUUCUGUGAUGAUGCAGAUCGAUGUGGACUCUAACCACGGUGGUCUGUCUCUAAACGAGAACUUCCUGGUGGACUUUGGGAAGGAACCUGAUGGUCCAGUUCUGGCCCACGAGCUUCGGUACCCGGGAGGAGACUGUACCUCAGACAUUUGGCUGUGAGCUCCACCUGGACCUGCAGCUCCACCUGGACCUGCAGCUCCACCUGGACCUGCAGCUCCACCUGGACCUGCAGCUCCACCUGGACCUGCAGCUCCACCUGGACCUGCAGCUCCACCUGGACCUGCAGCUUGCUCCUGAACCAUCCAUAGGAAAAUCUACAAACUCCUUGUGUCUUUAAACCAAUUAACCCGGUUCUGGUUCUGGUUCAGCUUCACCCCGACAGGAAACAGCUGCAGACCUACUUCCUGUUUCUACAGUCUCUAGCUCUGACCUGAGAUCAGUCCCUGAGACGGUCAGUCCUCAGGUUCUGUGAGAACCGGUCUGCAGUCGGGUGGCUCUAAGUUGGACCCGUCAGAACCUUUGUGCCUCCAGCAGCAGCUUGAUUUCAAUGUUUCUGUUCUUGUUCAUGAAAAAUAAAAUCUGAUGGAACACGUCGA